AUGCCACCAUCCAAAACAGGAAUUCAGGAUAUGCCGCAGCAGAAUUCGAGUAUUCGCAUCAUCUUCAAUAUUCUACUGGCAAAUUUCACUGGUGAUCAGCCGAAACUCGUCCCGAUAUCACUUGCCCUGUCCAUCCAAGGUUUCGACAAAGUCUCACACCGUCCUGGGGAGGUUGUUCGGUUUUACGGCGCUAAACCAGCGGGUGAAGAUGCUUGGGAACUUCUGCUGCCUCAGAAGCCUCCGAUUGAGUUCAUUGACAAGCCACCGGCGAUAGCAUCAUCCUCUUCAUUCAUUCGCGACCCACUGCUGAUCGCAUCUAUAAGAUCAAAAGGACCUUCCCUGUCGUCAUCCGGCACUUCAGCCGUUCCAAACCCCCGAGCCGUCACCAGAAAAAGCCACAUGCCUGAAUUUGGUGCUCGUCUCGCUGCCGAAUGGACUAUCGCUCUGAACGAGAACACUCCCGGCUACCCCCUAACAACCCAUUUGAAAAAUCCUAGGCGGUGCCUUGGUCUCGUUUCCCAGCUGUCUAGUUAUGGCAACAACAGAGGUUGUGCUAUGGCAAAACAUUAUACUGGCGAGAACGAAAACAUGUUGCUGGACAGGUCAGGGCUUCUGUUUCCAGUGGAAGGAAAGUGCAUCUCAGAAACUGAUGAGUAUAGCAGAAGUGCGCAAUCUGGAUGGCAAGCCGACUAUUCCCUGUGGGGACCAUCCCUCAGCCUCGCCCUCCACGCCGCCGAGGAAGCCGUCAACGUCGCCGCCGCCCGCACCAUCGCCGCCAGCCAGGCGGUUCUCAGCCACACAGGCACCAUAGAGGAGUGGCGCCGGGCCUACUGGGCCGAGCUCGGACCAGAUUUCGGAGAUUAUCUGCUCCUCGCUCGACCACAAAAAGAUGCCAUGACAUCUGCUGCGGGAUACCUCGAGCAUUACAAUCGCUAUCUGCCAUUACGCUGCCCUCCCACUCUCGAUAUCGCAUCCCGUACAAUUCGACCGAUUUUCACUUACUAUCACUCAUGGCUCACCAACCAAGUAGACAAGACAACCAGGUCCGAUUGA